CUCAGUUGUUUGUCUUCACUGAUGGAGAGGUGGGGAACACCAAGGAAGUUCUAGAUCUAGUUAGGAAGAAUGCAGGUUCCCACAGGUGUUUCUCUUUUGGGAUUGGAGAAGGAGCCAGCUCUGCUCUCAUCAAUGGGUUGGCUCAGGAGGGCAGAGGUCACGCUCAGUUCAUCACAGGAAGUGACAGGAUGCAGGCAAAAGUGAUGCAGUCACUGAAAUUUGCACUACAGCCUGUUGUCAAAGACAUCUCUGUCACAUGGGAUUUACCAAAGGGAGUGUCUGCCACUGUCCUCUCUCCACCAAUCACAACAAUUUUCCAGGGUCAGAGGUCACUGGUUUAUGCCCAACUCUGUGGAAAGAGUUCCCAAACAGACUGCAGUGUGACGGUGAAUUACACUCUGGGAGAUCAUCCCUAUGAGAGCAAACAACAGUUUAACCUGAAUCCUGCAAAGGACACUGGGUUAACAGUCCACAGGUUAGCUGCUCGUAUUUUGAUUCGUUCUCUGGAGUCUGAGGAAAGAGAGAACAGAGGAAAGUCAGAUGAAGACAUGAAGAGGAAGGUGGUGGAGCUCAGUGUCCAAUCAGGAGUGAGCAUUCAUCACACUGCCUUCAUUGCUGUCAACAAAGACAAUGGUGAUGCUGUUCAAGGACCUCUGGUGCGCAGAAAUGUUCCAACCCCUGGUCUUCCCAUGAUGUCCUUGUCUUCUGCUCCUGUGGAUUGGAUGAUUGAGGAAAGCUGUGACUCUGGAGCCGCUGUGCCUGAGCAGCCCCGCAGAGACCCUCUGCUGCAGCUGGUUUCCCUCCAGAAGGCGUCCGGCUGCUGGCUGCUUGAUGCAGCUCUGGCCUCAGUUCUGGGAAAAACAAGUGAGGAGGUGGAGAAGUCAAAGCCUGCAGAGGUCAGCAGUGAGGUGUGGGCCACCAUUCUGGCUCUGAUCUGGCUUCAUGGAUUCAAGAUGGAUGCAAAGGAUGAAUGGGAGCUUCUGGCUGUGAAGGCUGCUUCAUGGGUCCAAGCUCAGAAUGCUCCAUGUGUGAAGGAGUGUGUUGAUGCUGCAAAUGCACUGCUGGGUUACAAAGUGCAGAAGGAUGCUCUGGGGCUCUGAGGUGGAGACUGACGUUCCAGCGUGUGACAGAAGAUUUAAUGUUUACAGCUCAUGUUCAUGACGUUAUUGACCUUAAUACACUGCAUGCUCUUGGUGUUGUGAUGGUAAAACCUUUGCAUUUUUAAUUAGUUUUUAAACAACUGCUAAAGGAAAGUUUAAUAUUGUUAUUGUUGGAACAUAUUGAUCAACACAGUAUAUGUUUAAAUACUGACAAUGCUUACAUGAUUUCAUGUCCCGGGCAAUCCCCUGUAGACGUAAAAACAAAUGUCUCUACUUCCUUUGAAAUCUGCUUUAAAACUGUAAACUCUCUCUAUUAAAUGGAACUGCUUAAUCUG